GUUUUUGGCGCUUGCUUGACUUGGUGCGGUGUUGUUGCAGAUGGUUUUGCGAUUUCGAAUUCUCAUUUAAGGUUUAAAUAUGUUGCAAAUUACACAUAUUUCUUACAAAACAGUUGAUUUUGGAGCGAUCGGAAGGAUUCAAUAUGACCCAAAGGAUUACUUCAUGUACUGUUUCCGAAGUACCUGAACGUUUAUGCACUUCUUCCAUGGACGCACUACGAAUCUCACCGUUUACUGAUACGCUUUCCAACAAAACUGGCGAUGUAUGCAGAAUAGAGCACACUCAGUUCGGUGAAGUUUAUAUUUGUAGAGUGUGUAAUGUGAAAUGCACCGGUAAGGCGCCAUUUUCCCAGCAUAUAUCUGGAUCACAUCAUAGAAAAAACUGCAAUGCCAAUACCUAUUUCUGUAACGAGUGCAAUACAAGCCUUAAUUCUUCUGAACAAUAUACCCUACAUUGCAGUGGAUCAAAGCAUAUGCGAAAUAUAAUUUCUUCUUCUGACAAUUCUAUGUCUGAACAGUUUGGAGUUGAGCAACAAUUCAAUAAAAGCAAUAAUGUUCCUUACUUCUGUAUACCUUGUGGUCUUAGUUGCUCUUCCAAAGAGCAAUUGGAUUCUCAUUUCUUAGGUAAAAAACAUAAGAAGCAAUGUAAAAAAUAUAAGCCAUCUGUAUCAGGUCAGCUGUCGGGGUACGUUUUGAAUGAACAGUCAAAUCAACCGAUUGGUCAACCUGACUUUUUCUCUUCAAUGCCUACUUUAUUCAAUACAGCUAGUGAGAAUUCGCCAAACUUUUGGUUUCCAAAGUUGGUUCCUUGUAUAAGAAAUAUCAUAGAGCUGGAGUCCAAAUUGACAUUAACAAAUAACUUUUCUCCGUUUUUGGCUUCAGUCACUCCCUGUUCAUAUCAAGAACGAACAGAUUCAAAGAGUGAUCUUUCACCCAAUCAGCAGGAUAGUGGCGACUCUUCUGAGCCCAAACAGUUUUGUAGACACGGUGAAUGUAUUCUGAUGAGGUCAUUACAGAUCGUCACUUAAGGCCAUCAUGAUUUUUAUGAUUAAAGUAUCACCUUGAUAAUAUCGUCCACUAAGCUAACAGUCCUUAACUUCCACUUCACUAGCGAUGAAUGACACUGCUUGGCCAAUUAUUACUAGUUUAGCAUAUCACCUUAAUUUUAAAUUCUCACUAUUUUAUGAAGAUGAUUUAAAUACAAGAAUUGGUAAUCCUGGAUGAUUGGGCUAUUAAAUAUUUUUUUGGAUUCUAAAUGUCCUCAUGAUAACUAUAUAUUAUUAUUUUUUGUACAGCGUCAUUAUAACGCAUUUUGCUUAUCUUCUAAUACACUAUUGAUAAAUAUUAAUAAUGAUAUAUGUUGCGCUUAAAACAUUUAAUAUUGUUAGUUUUUUAUUCAAUCUAUAUUCCAACUAACUUUUGAUACUUGGUAAGUUAUUUAUCAAACUAAAUUGUACUAAUUGGCCAUCUUAAAUGAGUUGAAUUUGUACUAGAAACUUAAUGAAACUCCUGCUUAGUUAUUUUAACUGGUCGGAUAAGAUAUCCUGGUGAAUAACAUAUGUUGGUCGUCAUUGUAGCACUUUUUCAUCGAUUCAUUCCUUUAUUUACACCUAAUUGGCACCUAAUAAGAUGAACUAGAGGUCUAAAUUUUGAGAAUAAAAGCAAUAAAAUCUCAGUUUUUGUCUCUAAAACAUUAAAUAUUCGGGUGAGAUUAUACUUUUUUGUCAAAAUGAGUGGUUGCCUACGCGAUAUUUUAAUUUGUUUCCCCAACUAGCAAUUAGAACCCUAGUUAAAUGAAACGAUUAUAUUUGUAUGAUUUAUACUUUGAAAUUCAUGUAAUUAUAUGCACAGAAUACGAGACCAUACCUCAACAUAAAUAAUAAAUCAUAACAUAUGUAAAACUAAGACAUCUUUGGUUCGAAAUUGUGUAAUAAGUUGGUGCUUAAUCCAGUGUGCCCUAAAAACAGAAAAAGAUAUGUCAUUAGCUAAUUGUUCAAAUAGGAGCUUGCAAUUAGGUCAAAAUCAAAAUGUCGUAGUCAGUUUUCUUACAACUACCUUUGAAAAUAUAUAAAGCAGUUUAUCGGAAAGUAUCUUUCAAGCUGCCCAUUUUCACGUCUUCUCUCAUCCAUAAUAAAUGCCUAGUAAGUAUAUUUUUUUGGGAUUACAAAGUGUCAGUUGAAUUGUUCAUAUUUGCGUUAGUACCUAAUAAAAUUGUAGUUAGUGAUAAUCAGUAACGCACCAAGAACCAUGCAGCCGUUAGAAGUUGAAAUGCAACAUAAAGUUCUAAACUAUAGCCAUUAAGGUUUAUUGUCAGUUAUCUUAAACCACUGCAUUGUCAAACGGAGUAUAAAUUGCUCAAAUUGGCGUCACUUCACAGUCGUGUUGGUAUAUUGUCUUUAGUAUCGGUUGAAAAUAACGUGUUGGUUUUUAUAUUAUGUUGGACACUAUUGUAUUUCAAAAGAGAAUUUGUAAUCC